CUGGGGAGGGAGAAACCAUGGAUCCCGGGCAGCAGCAGCCGCCGCCUCAGCCAGCCCCCCAGGGGCAAGGGCAGCCGCCCGCGCAGCCCCCCCAGGGGCAGGGCCCGCCGUCCGGGCCCGGGCAGCCGGCACCCCCGGGGUCCCAGGCGGCACCGCAGGCCCCCCCCGCCGGGCACCAGAUCGUGCACGUCCGGGGGGACUCGGAGACCGACCUGGAGGCGCUUUUCAACGCCGUCAUGAACCCCAAGACGGCCAACGUGCCCCAGACUGUGCCCAUGAGGCUCCGGAAGCUGCCUGACUCCUUCUUCAAGCCUCCAGAGCCCAAGUCCCACUCCCGACAGGCCAGUACUGAUGCAGGCACUGCAGGGGCCCUGACUCCACAGCAUGUUCGAGCUCAUUCCUCUCCAGCUUCCCUGCAGCUGGGAGCCGUAUCUCCUGGGACACUGACACCCACGGGAGUAGUCUCUGGCCCAGCAGCUACACCCACUGCUCAACACCUUAGACAGUCUUCUUUUGAGAUACCUGAUGACGUACCUCUGCCAGCGGGCUGGGAGAUGGCAAAGACAUCUUCUGGUCAGAGAUACUUCUUAAAUCACAUAGAUCAAACAACAACAUGGCAGGACCCCAGGAAGGCCAUGCUCUCCCAGAUGAACGUUACGUCCCCUACCAGUCCACCAGUGCAGCAGAACAUGAUGAAUUCGGCCUCAGGUCCUCUUCCUGAUGGAUGGGAACAAGCCAUGACUCAGGAUGGAGAAAUAUACUAUAUAAACCAUAAGAACAAGACCACCUCUUGGCUAGACCCCAGGCUUGACCCUCGUUUUGGUAAAGCCAUGAACCAGAGAAUCAGUCAGAGUGCUCCAGUGAAACAGCCACCACCCCUGGCCCCCCAGAGCCCUCAGGGAGGAGUCAUGGGUGGUGGCAAUUCCAACCAGCAGCAACAGAUGCGGCUGCAGCAGUUGCAGAUGGAGAAAGAGAGACUGCGACUGAAGCAGCAAGAACUGCUUCGGCAGGUGAGGCCACAGGCAAUGCGGAAUAUCAAUCCCAGCACAGCAAAUUCUCCAAAAUGUCAGGAAUUAGCUCUCCGUAGCCAGUUACCAACACUGGAGCAGGAUGGUGGGACUCAAAAUCCAGUAUCUUCUCCUGGGAUGUCUCAGGAAUUGAGAACAAUGACGACCAAUAGCUCAGAUCCCUUUCUUAACAGUGGCACCUAUCACUCUCGAGAUGAGAGCACAGACAGCGGACUAAGCAUGAGCAGCUACAGUGUCCCUCGGACCCCAGACGACUUCUUGAACAGUGUUGAUGAAAUGGAUACAGGUGACACUAUCAACCAAAGCACCCUACCCUCACAGCAGAACCGUUUCCCAGACUAUCUUGAAGCCAUUCCUGGGACAAAUGUGGACCUUGGAACACUGGAAGGAGAUGGAAUGAACAUAGAAGGAGAGGAGUUGAUGCCAAGUCUACAAGAAGCUUUGAGUUCUGACAUCCUUAAUGACAUGGAGUCUGUUUUGGCCGCCACCAAGCUAGAUAAAGAAAGCUUUCUUACAUGGUUAUAGAGCCCUCAGGUAGACUGAAUUCUAAAUCUGUGAAGGAUCUAAGGAGCUAUACCUGAAAUUUCCAAAUAAGCCAGUUGUGAUCUUCUGGCUAAUACCGAAAAAGAUGAACAAACGUCCAGCAAGAUUCUUUCAUCCACUAUUUUGCUCUUCCUUGUCCAUUGCUGCUGUUAAUAUAUUGCUGACCUCUUCCAUAUUUGGCUCUAAAGAAUCAAAAAAAACUUUUUUUGUUUCUUUUGCUAUUAUAACUACUGUUUGUUUUGGGGGCUGGGGGAAGUGAGCCUGUUUGGAUGAUGGAUGCCAUUCCUUUUGCCCAGUUAGACGUUCACCAAUCAUUUUAACUAAAUACUCAGACUUGGAAGUCAAAUGCUUUGUGUCACAGCAUUUAGUUUGUUCAAGCAAUUGUUUCUUCAGCUGCCUUGGCCAGUGGAAAAACAUGACUUACUGGUCUGACAAGCCAAAAACGUUGUAUCUGAUAUUAAGUACUGAUGCUGAUUUGAAGAGAUAGCUGAAACCAAGGCUGAAGACUGUUUUACUUUCAGUGGGUUUUUUUUUCCCUCCUAGUGCUAUCAUUAGUCACAUAGUGACCUUGAUUUUAUUUUAGGAGCUUAUAAGGCUUGAGAUAAUUUCCAUAGAAAUAUAUUAAUUAUUGCCACAUACUCUAGUAUAGGUUUUGGUGGGUUUUAUUGUGAUUUUUUGUUGUUGUUGUUGUUGGUUUUUUUUUUGUUUGUUUUUUGUCUUGGUUGGGGUUUUUAUUGUUUUGGGGUUUUUUUUUGUUUUUUCUUUUUUUUGUUUUUUUUUGUUUUUUUUGUUGUUGUUUCUCAGAACUUAGGCAAAUUACCAUUAUAGUGAAUCUGUUUAUACUUGUAGCUUGGGACAGUUAUUGUAGUUCCUUUGGUAAAUCUACAUGCCCUGGUUUUUUUUUUACCAUCUUAUUUAAAUCUUGGUAAUCUGCUCUCUCUAUAUAUACCCACACACACACUUAUAAUGUUUAUGAUAGUGUGAUAGCAGAAUGUAUCUUUUUUUUUUUUUUUUAAGUUUUCCCUACUUUCCAAUUUAUUUUAAAAUUGUAGCUUUGAAUGUAUGCAUUUAGAAUACAUGACUAGUAGUUUAUAUUUCACAGGUAGUUUAAAUCUGGUUAGGGCAGUCUGCAAAUGUUGGUGGUAGUUUAGUGUUCUAGAAAGGGCUGUUAUUAUGGGUAGUGCCUAGAGGAGUCCUGUAUGCCCUCUGGGCACACAAUGGAUAUUAUCUGAUGAAUUUGAAAGAAGCAAACCAGAAAUGGCUUUAUUAUCCCCUGGUUAGUCCCUCAGACUAAUUUUAAGUCUUGAUGGGAAUUCACUGAGUUAGGUUCAUAGUGUACAUGACAGAAGUAAGCUUUAUAUAGUGGUUUACCUUCCUUUAGCUUUGAAAGUUUACCUUUGCCUUAGUUUUGGAAGUAAAUUCUAGUACUUUAGUUCUCUUUUGUAAUGAACACAUUAAGGACUACAUUGAAAUAUUACCUACAAAAUCGUUCUUCUAAGACUUGCUUCUGCUUCUGUAUGCUGAGAAUUGACCCUGGAUAGUAUAUAGAAUACUGUAAGGUCAUAAGUUAGCUGGUAAAGUGAUCAGAUUAAUGUAUAUUGGUAGUUGAAUUUAGCAAAGAAAUAGAGAUAAUCAUGAUUAUACUUUUAUUUUUACUGGAAGAGAUAUAACUAGAGUAUGUGUCUACAGGAGUAAUAAUGUUUUCCAAAGAGUAUUUUUAAAGGAACAAAAUGAGCAUGAAUCAAACCUUCAGUAUAAGCUAUGAAGUAAUACUUGGUUGUGAAUUAUAGUGGUAUCAGCUAGCACCUCUAUGAUUAAGGGUCUUUCAGUGUUUCUAGAGUAAGCCCUUAUUUUCAAGGGUUUAUAAGACAUAAAAUCUCUUUUCCUGGCUAAAACUGCUAUGAAAAGCCUCAGCUUAGGAAGACAAGUGUUUGUUUUUUCUUUCUGAUUACAGAAUCUAAGCAUUUUGACCCUUCAAUUUAGAGCAGUGCAAAAGUUGGAAGUAAGAAGUUUUAUAUUAAGUAAUUUCAAUGCUCAAAAUGCAAUCACUGUGUUGUAUAUAAUGAUUCAUAGGUCGAUCAUUCGUAAUAAUUGACUCUAAGGCUAUUAUUAAAAAAACAGAAGAAAGAUUAAAUCUUGAAUUAAGUCUGGGGGGAAAUGGCCACUGUGCAGAUGUAUUGAUUUUUUUAGAGGAAUAAUGAAAUUCUGCCUAGAAUGCAUAAUUGAGUUUAUGGAUGGAUGAUACAGCAUGUUGGCUUUUUUAUGUGCAGAAGAUCAAAGGUACUUGGAAGGAGUGCUUACAAUUUGCCAUUAAGCCACAAAUUAAGAUCGCAUUUUAUAUAUCAGCAGAGUAGCUUUAGAUUAGGGGAGAGGGUGGGAAGGUGGGAGGGGAGUUGUGAAGACUUAGUGGGACCUUGAUAGAGAACUUUAUAAGCUUCUUUUUCUUCAAUAAAGACUUGUCUUGCAUCUUGCUGUCAUUAAAGUCAGUUGUUCCUAAAAUUUUAAUCACUUAAGUACACCCACAAAACAAAAAUAUGGAGUUCUUCAUUUCCUCUCACCUUUAGCUUACCCAGUUAUACCUCAGUGUUGAAGCAGCACCGUGGUACCUAACAGACAUGGUGCUUUGAUCUUAUCAUACCCUCUGUACUCACCUGAAGGGAGACCUAAGCCUUUCUCUUUCUGAGUUUGAAUCACAGCCUUGAUGUGCUCUUCCUUGUUUUAUGUCCUUAUUCCUAAUGUAACGUGUUUAACUGCUUCUUGGUUGUAUUGGGUGGCAUUGGGAUAAGAUUUUAACUGGGUAUUCUUGAAUUGCUUUUACAAUAAACCGAUUUUAUAAUCUUUAAAUUUA